GUCCCCAAAUACUUGUCACAGCAGUGGAAUAAAGCUUCAGGAAGAGGUGAAGUGGGAAAACUAAGGAUUAGCAAAAAUCAAGGAAGAACAGAAGUGUCGUUUUCUUUGAAUGAAGAGCUUGCAAACAUCAAUGAUAUUGGAGGAAAACCCGCUUCAGUCAGUGCGCCAAGGGAACAUCCAUUUCUUCUGCAAAGUGUGGGAGGACAGACCUUAACAGUGUUCACAGAAAGUUCAGGAGAUAAACUUUGCGUGGAAGGGAUAGUGGUGCAACGUGCUGAAUGCAGACCUGCCGCUAGUGAAAAUUACAUGAAACUGAAAAGAUUCCAGAUCGAAGAAUCUUCUAAACCUGUAAGGUUAUCACAGCAGCUGGAUAAGGCCGUAACCACGAACUAUAAACCAGUAGCUAAUCAUCAAUAUAAUAUUGAAUAUGAGAAGAAGAAGAAAGAAGAUGGAAAACGCGCUCGAGCUGAUAAACAACAAGUGUUGGACAUGCUUUUUUCGGCCUUUGAAAAACAUCAGUAUUACAACAUUAAAGACCUGGUGGACAUAACCAAACAGCCGGUGAUAUACUUGAAAGAAAUCCUAAGAGAAAUAGGUAUCUACAAUGUGAAGGGGACCCACAAAAACACAUGGGAGCUGAAGCCAGAAUACAGACACUACCAAGGAGAAGAUAAAAGUGAUUAA